AUGUCCUCCUUUGACAAUUAUGAGGACAUAGAAUCCCACUUUCUUUCAGCCCCAACCAAAUCUCCAAGGCAUGGCGCUAACGUCGGUAGCCGCAAAUCCAGUGCCUCCCUACGCGUAUCCUCAAACGGCCCAGAAACAGACGGUGGCAAUGGACAACAUUCCCUAGCUCAUGAGCUCGCGGUGGCCCUUAUGCCUGAACCUAGCUCAGGCUCGCGGAUGCUAGCUGAAGAAUUUGGUAUAGAGUAUGAUGAAGGGGCCGAGGGUAUCGACGAGGAAGCGCAAGAGUUAGAUGUGGCUUUGGGUUCUUCCGGUGGCUCCUUGGCGAAUGAAUUCCAAGAAGCUACUUCUCCUAAUGGAAAUCUCGAAUUCUUCGACGCGUCUCCUCCAAGUCCGUCGCCCUACCAUCGCGAGGCUACCGAUGAGGCACCUAUGGCAAGUCUUGCCCGCAGUCUGGAAUCAACAGACCAAUUUCUGGCGCAUCUCCGGAGUCUUGAUUCUGACACACACUCCGCUUCACACCCUGCGCUCGAGAAUAUCGCUUCGGACAUCAUUAGACGCAUCAACGAUACAGUUCGAGACCGAGAGGAGCAAGUCCGAGAAUUGCUAGAGGUCGAGCGAGAGUUCAGGAAGAUAUCCACGGGUCUGGGCGGGAUGGAUGUGUUGGGUGAUUUGGAGGAGCUUCCAGACGCAGAGUCUGACGAAGACGAUGAACCCGAGCAGGCGAGCAGGCAUGAAAGAACUCCCAUAGAAACGUCACAUCGCAGUGCUAGUGGCUGGGAUAUAGAUCCUCAUACACCAGUGGCCGAUAACGAUCAUCCCGACCCGUUCAGCAAACCACCACCGAUUAGCGGCCCUUUGACACCGGCAAAAACUAUACCACAUUUAACCUCCUUCCGUUCCUGCACAUCCUCACUCGUCUCGUCGCUUGGUACAAUAUCAGAGCAGACACAAGUCACAGGUGCGGCUACUACUGAGGCGGGGCGCAAGAUUCGUGCGCUGAAGAAUAAGAUCGGCACAUGGCGCAUAGAGUUGGAUAACGCAGAACUCAGUCGCCUCAAGGUAGAACGAUGGGAAGCAGGGAUACCCGAGGGCGAUGGCGACGUGCCUCAGUCGCCCGUGAUACCUCGCCGAAUAGAUGGCAGGAAGUUGGUCGCUGAACAUCUACGGCUGUUUGAGAUUUCAGUGGCAGAGGCGACGCGGAAGACACAGCUUAUAAUGGCCAUGUAA